AUGUCUUCUAUUGAUCUGAGUGCUUUCCCCGCAGCAGCUCCUGCAGCUCCAUCCUCUGAGAUUCGCUACGCAGAUGUCGCUGUUACAGCUACCGCGAAAGAGUUCAAGGGUAUAUACCGCGAAGAUAAGCAAUACCACGAACCGGACUUUAUCAACACCCUAGACCGUGCCAAAGAUGCUGGCGUCAGUAAAGUUAUGCUGACGGGCAUGUCACUCGCCGACGUGUCUCACAACGAAAGUAUCGUCAAGCUUCGCCCCUCGCAGUGUUACUAUACAAUCGGCGUACAUCCAUAUCAUGCUUCCGAGCUUGACGCCGGUGGAAAGUCAUACCUUGAUGAACUGGAGCAGAAAGUCAACAGCGCACUUGCACAGGAUACGCCACAUAUCGCUGCCUUUGGUGAAUUAGGUCUUGACUAUGAUAGAGAGCAACACGCUUCGAAGGAUGUUCAGAAGAAAGCUUUCAAAGCGCAAUUGGACUUGUUUGUCAAGAAUAGCUGGGAUCUCCCACUGUUUUUACACUGCCGCAAUGCCUUUGACGAUUUCGUCGAGAUGAUUACACCAUACAUUGAGAAACUCCCGCGCGGGGGUUUAGUACACAGCUUCGUCGGGAGCACAAGCCAGAUGGAGAAGCUUGUAUCCUUAGGUCUAGGCAUCAGCGUCAACGGGUUCAGCUUCCAGAGCACAGAGAGUCUGGAGAUGGUAUCCAAGAUACCGCUCGACGCACUGCAGCUGGAGACGGAUGCGCCGUGGGGAGAAUUGAAGGGCGAUGUGGUGAAGCGGUACUGUGAGAAUGCGAGACCGUUGCCGGCGUCGAAGAAGAGGGAUAAGUGGGAUGCUAAGUGCUUGGUUAAGGAGAGGAAUGAGAGUUGUUAUAUGGAGCGUGUGGCGCUUGUUGUAGCGGGAUUGAAGGGUAUUGGUGUUGAUGAGGUUGCGGAAGCGGCGUGGAGGAACAGUGUGAGGAUGUUUGGACUUGGACGAAGAUAG